AUGGAGGGUAUGCCCCGUGUACCAAUGCUUACAUCUGAUGUCAAAGUGUGUUCACCAUCUUUGCCUGCUUCUUUUUCAGCUCAAAUUAAAAAUUAUAUUCUAACACACUAUCAGGAUGAUCCAGAAAAAUAUAAUUCUGCCAUCAGUGAGCUAGAAAAUAUGCGAUCGAAAUUGCGGCGGAUAUUGCCGGAUACUGAAACGAUCACUAUAUUGAAACGAUAUUAUGCUCAGCUUUGCUUAAUGAAGAAUCGAUUUCCUAUGGAGAAAGGAGAUGCUAUUCGCAUACCAUUUUCCUGGAUGGAUAAAAAUGUUGACAUGACAAAUGCUACUUCCUUUGAAGAUAUUAAUUAUGAGCUUGCUUGUGUAAUGUAUGAUAUUGGUGCAGUUCAUGGAGCCAUAGCUGUAAAUGAAUCGCGUGCCGAUGUGGAUUCAAUUAAAACCGCUUUUAUGCACUUCCAAUGCGCUGCAUAUCCUUUUCAAUUUAUACGAGACUCGAUGAGUGCCUCGAAAUUCUCCGUCGUUGAUUUCGAUCCAAUUUUUUUAACAUUUUAUAUUAACAUUUUUUUGGCACAAGCUCAAGAAUGUUUGCUUGAAAAAAGUAUUCUUGAUCACCGAAAGAAUACUGUGAUAGCAAAACUAGCGUUCCAUUUAAAAGAAUUAUAUUUGCGAUGUCGUGAACAUCUUGGCACACCUGGGUCUAAUGAUAUUUUCUCUGCAAAAUAUAAAGAAUAUAUGAGAACAUGUGAUGUGAAAGCGGAAAUUUAUGGAGCGAUUGCAAUGCUUCAUUUAGGCUUUCAGUCAGAAAGUGAAAAUAAAAUGGGUUAUAGAGUUGCUUAUUUUGAUCUUGCGCUGGAGCAUGUGACUUCCGCUAUGAAACUAGUCGAAAAGGAUAAGAGAGAAAAUUUGAAGGAAGCUGUUGUUUUCUUAAACGAUGUGAUAUUAGGAAAACAUACAAAUGCAAAGAAAGAAAACGAGUUCAUCUAUCACGAUCGAGUGCCAAAAUCAGAAGAGCUAACAACUGUUGAGGGCGUGAAUAUGGUAAAAAUAGUUGGGUUCGAUCCAACAGAUCCAUCGAUUGCCGACCCUGAUCUUUUUGCUGCUUUGCUUCCUGGCCAUGUGCUUAAAUCAGUUUCUGUUUAUAGUGAGGAAAAAGCGAAAUUCAAGCGUGCUAUACUUGAGAAAGUUGAACAAAAGGAUAAAGAAUUGGAAAGUUUUAUCAAGUCACUGCAUUUGGAAGAGAUCAAUUUCGACGGAAAAUCAGAAAUUGAGGAAAUGCCUGAAAUGUUGUUGGAAAGAAGCGCGGCAUUUAAGUCACAGCCAGAUGCUUUCCCCGAAUUGCUUGACAAAUUGCACAAAGUUGGAGAUUGUGCUAUUGAAGCUGACCACAAAAUCAGCAACCUGCGCAACAGGCUAGAUGCUAUCAGCUCUGUUAAAUUGAAAACUGAUGAAGGUUUUGUGGCAAUUAUGAAAGAACUCAACCGUAUUAAUGAUCAUCAUGUGAAAGCAAGGACGAACAAUGCAGAAUUACAACGUGCAUUAGCCGCUCAUUCCGGAAGUCUGAAAAUUUUAGCCAUGCCAUUGAAUGAAUUGAGCAAACGAUUGACAGACACUCAUACGAAGCCAGGUGACACUACAGAAGGGCAACUGUUGAAGAAAAUAUUAGAUAAGGCAGAUGAAAUGAGUGUACAGCGACGUAAUCUUCUUUUAAAAUUAAAUGAUGACUUGCUGAAUGACGAUAUUACUGCAAAAUGUUUAGUGGAAAAAAACGAGGAUAAUUCGGAGUUGUAUGAAAAGGAGUUAAAAAAGCAUGAAUCGACAGCUAGUUUAAUCGACUUAAAUCUUGCUGCUCAAACGAAUAUUCUCAAUGCAUUAACUGAUGCAAAUGCGAAUUUUGGUGAUUAUCGUAAGAAAAUUAUUGAAGAAAAUAGAAGUCGUAUGGAUCAAGUACUAACGCUUGUAGCAGCUUAUGAUCUAUUCAUUGAUGUUUUGCAAAAGACAGAGGAGGGAUUACAAUUUUAUUCAACGCUGUUUUCAUUGAUUAAAAGUCUGGAUGGAGCUGUAGGAGCAGUUGAAAGUGCUUUUGAAGACGAAAAAAAGGAGGCAGAAAAAGAAAUGAUGCGGGAAUUGGAAAAGCAUUCUACUAGUAUUACGAAAUGGACUCCCUCUUUAAGUACUAAAAACGAAAAGUUUGAUGUUUUGGUCAGUUCUGAAAACGCGAGAAGAGACAGUGUUGCAGAACUAGCUGGUGAAGGUUUGAGGCUGAAAGAUUAUUUGGAGUACUACCGAAAUAAUAUUGCAAUGGGGCGAAGAUCUUAUCCUACGAAUGCGUCAUCCGUCCCAAACAACAUUCAAGUAGCAACUAAUCGAGCGAGAACACCGUACAUUCCUUCACCGAUGACUAAUUUUCACUCUUCUAAUCCACUGCAGUCUAAUGUAACAACUUUAUCUGAUCACCCUGGUUCUAGUGCAUUACUAAAUACUGUUACCAGCGGGAUUCGUCAUUUAUCUACAUUGCCAGGUGAAAUAAUUCCAUUACCAAAUCAUUUGGGUCAUUCAACUUCAUCUAUAUCAUAUUCUCAUUCUCAAGCAACUGAUGCAUCUUUAUCACAACAUCUACCACCUUUACCAUCUCAUCUGCCAAAUGAACAGAUCAAUUUAGGCUUUCAAAAUUCCACUGCCACACCUUUUACUUUUACCUCGGCUAGCGCUCAACACUUUUCACCAACCUCAGUAAUUCCAGAUUCCUCACGAGCCGCAGCUAAAAUAGGUUUAUUUGAAAGGCAAGCUACACCACUUCUUCGAAAUAUUUCUUCUAGUUCAAUAGUCAAACAGCCUAUGUCCUGUGCGUCAAGCUACAUUCCAGUUAAUUCUGCUCACGUAUCCAUUUCAAGCACUCCGCCGCAAUCGGGAGCAAGCAUAAAAUAUAAUGCAUCAAUUGAAGCUCAAAAAUCAUCUUAUGGAGUCAGACAGCCUCCAUUAAUUGCUUCUCAACUUUCACCGAUCAACAGAGAUUCAAAUUUGACACGAAACAUACAGGCAACAGUUAGUACUACUUCCAUAUCCGGGCUAGGGAUCACUUUUCCGCCACGCCGCUUAAUUUAUUCACAAGGUGGUAAAUCUCAAAUGGCGUCACCUUGGCAUCAACCCCUUCAGAAUAUGAGCAACGCCACCAUGCAACCAAUUAUUACAAAGACAGAUCUUAUGAAUGCUCCCUUAACAGAAGCAUUACCGGCUCCUUUAAUUCCUACAUAUAUACAAGCCUGUGAGCAAGAAAAGCUGUCAUCUCCAUUUGUGAUUACGACUAAUUUAGAAGUGCCAGAAAGUACAGUAAAACAAACCGAAGUAACAAAUUCGGAACAGCUGUCAGAAUCACCACAAGGUGUACAUUCAAUCGCAGGAUCAUAUUCAUGUAGUCAGACAAACAUACAGACUUUACGACCAGCUGCUGCCGUUGCACCUAUCAUGCAGACGGACUGUACUAUAGCAUCAACAAAUGAUUCUAUGCUUUGUUUCACGAAUGUGACAUCAAUGAGCUAUACUGCUCCUGCAACCCAAUUAGAUACUAUGGUAGCAGAAACGCCACUGAACGUCAAUAAAGAUGCAAAUGUGAAUGUUGAAGGAAUUAAGAAUAUUGCAAUGGUGAACCAUCACACUUUUACGCUCGGUGAGGCAGAUCCGAUUCGAAUGGAGAAACGUCAUAGGCGUGAACAAUUCAAAACAGAAGGCGUUAAUUUGCAGUCGCCACCUUUAGAUCCGUCUGAUCCUAUAAACUGUAUAGAUGCCCAUUUUUGGCUUAACAAACCGUAG